CUCCUGGAAUCCAGACUGAAAGUCUUGAAGAAGGAGCUGGAGGACCAUGAGUUGUUCCGGUCCACCGAGGAGAAAGAAAGCAGGGAGCUCCUGAAACAGAUGGCAGCCGAGAGAGAAAAGGUGGGGGCUGAGUUCCAGGCCCUGAGAGCCUUCCUGGUGGAGCAGGAGGGCCGGCUCCUAGGCCGUCUGGAGGAGCUGUCCCGAGAAGUGGCACAGAAGCAGAAUGAGAACCUGGCCCAGCUUGGGGGCGAGAUCACCCAGCUCUCCAAGCUGAGCAGCCAGAUCCAGGAGACGGCUUGCAAGCCCGACCUUGACUUUCUCCAGGAGUUCAAAAACACACUGAGCAGGUGCAGCAAUGUGCCUGGCCCCAAACCAACUGCAGUUUCCUCUGAGAUGAAGAGUAAAGUCUGGAAUGUUUCCCUCAAGACCUUUGUUUUAAAGGGGUUGCUCAAGAAAUUCAAAGAGGAUCUUCGGGAUGAGUUGGAGAAAGAAGAGAAAGUGGCACUGACCUUGGAUCCAGACACAGCCAACCCUCGCCUCAUCCUCUCUCUAGAUCUUAAGAGCGUACGCCUUGGACAGAGGGCCCAGGACGUGCCUGAUCACCCGAGCCGCUUUGAUACCAACACUCGGGUGCUAGCGUCCUGCAGCUUUUCCUCCGGCCGCCACCACUGGGAAGUGGAAGUGGGCUCCAAGGAGGGCUGGGCCUUUGGUGUGGCCCGAGAGAGUGUGCGGCGCAAGGGGCUCACGCCCUUCAAACCUGAAGAGGGCGUCUGGGCGUUGCAGCUCAACAAUGGACAGUACUGGGCUGUGACCAGCCCUGAACGGACGCCGCUUAGCUGUGGGCACCUGUCCCGUGUGCGAGUGGCCCUGGACCUAGAAGUGGGGGCCGUGUCCUUCUAUGCUGCAGAGGACAUGCGCCACAUCUACACCUUCCGCGUCAACUUUCUUGAACCUGUGUUCCCCCUGUUCUCCGUCUGUUCGACGGGCACUUACUUGCGAAUCUGGCCUUGAAGGGCGUGGCCCAGCACCCCGCCCCACCCCAACCUCAGCCAGUUUUGAACUGGCUUUAUCCUCCUCCACCCCCUGCCCCGCAGGGGCUCCUGGGAACACACCCUGAGAAACAUGAGAGGGUGACUGAGUACAAGGACUCUGUGGUCAAUUAAACAGAACAAGAGAUGAGCAGGACCUUUCCCCUCCCUGUUGGCAGUUUGUGGGUUUGAGCCCAAGGAAGUGGAGGCAGAUGAGGACGGAAGUCCAGCUCGUGCACAUCCCUUUGGGUGUUGAACAAGGUGGAUAAGGGCGCUUCCUGGCCUGUGCGUUCUUUUUGGCCAUCCGGUGAGGCAUCAGCAGCUCUGGGCCUGUGGUGCACGAAGGGUAGGCUUGGGUGUGUGCCACCUAGAUGCAUGAUUGCUUCGAGUAGCUCUCCCUUCAGAAGCCAUGAAACCUUCAGAGGCCAUUUCUAUUCAGGGAGGGACCCUGACUCUCAGCUCAGAGGCCUGUCCAGACUAGAACUGAAAGGAGACCUUGGACGCGUGUGUGAGGAAGAGCCCACUCCAGAAAACCUCAGGGCAACAACAUGCAGGCAUGGCUACCCCCCAGUACCCCUCAGUCAGGGUCCAGCACCAUACAUACAUUCUUGACCACAACAGCUAUCCUGUGUGCUUUCAGACGCCCCAUCUUCCAGGACCAAAGAGCAGGCUCCCUCGGGAAAGGAGAUGAAAAGUUCUGAAAGUUUGCUAGGCAAGUUGGCGUUUGUAAUUUCCCAGACGCAGUUAGCACAGCAUAGAGAUGCACUAGCACAAAGCUGCCCCUGACACAUCCUUUCUGGGACCUGCCAGAUGCGUGUUAAUAGUGCAGGAGCUUGCGGCAGCAUCUGCUCAGACUGUGCCCUGGUGGCCUUCCGUUGAGCAGCCUCAUUGUCUGGCUGUGUGAUGUGAUGGUGGGGCUUCUGGAAGGUGGGGUAGUUCCUUGUCUCGUGUUCCUUAGGGCCAGGGGCUGGGACGAUGGAAAUACAGAGUGAGCUGAGCUCUA